AUGACCAUUUGGGGUGCACUGAGCCGGGGUGGGACGGGGUGGGGAGGGCAUUGGUACACCCGACCUGUACCAACAUCCAACCGGGCCAAAAAACAGAAAAGCUGCCCUAACUCGCCCGCGCGGGGGAGCUCAUUUAGCUGGGUUAACGGACCUGCCGAUCUGAAUCGGCGCGUCAAAUCCUUGCAGCAAAAGCCGAAAAGACCAUCAGGCCGGGCUUUCUACGGUCCUCAAACCCUCUCAGACCUACUUAGACUACUCUCUCGGACGGGAGAAGUUAGCGUGUCCGAGACUGAGUCGGUGCCAUUCAACGCUGUCACGCCUGGUCCUCUGGCCCAGCGGCGUGUCUUGCCCAUAGACGAAUCAGCACUGCCGGACCGGAGUGUGCAAGUCGGAACGCCGACCCGACCCGACCCGACCCCAAGAUACCCACCCAUCCGAUGCUCUACCUCUCGCGGCUCAAUCCGAUGUUCAAGUCUCGACGAAGCUCGCGCUUGGUGCUGACGACCGCCUGGCAACUCGCUGCGUCGACCGCCGUGGUUCGCUCGACCCGCUCGCCCCGCUCGCCCCCGCUGCUCCAGUCAUAUCUAGCGGCUGCCGAGCUCGUUCGAAGCACCCCCGUGCCACUGGUGCGAGACGAUUCGGCUGCGGUGCGCAAGCCCGUUUCCGAGGCUCGUCCCCACCUGUCUCAGCGACGUCAUGCGCAGCGACCCAUCCCACUGCCACUGCCACUGCCACUGUCGGAGGCGCCGACGACUAGGACGACUGCAUCGCCAAGUUCCGAGGGCGUGCGCGAUCAUGCGUCAGGCUUUUCGAACGAGCUCGCCGGUCAUGCUCCUGAGGACCCCCACAAGCACGCCACUCGUCGCACUCGAGCGCCGCGCCGCCAGUCCCAGAGCGAGGUCGUGAUUCUCAAUUCGAGUAUGGACCCCUGUCCAGCGACAACCUCGGUAUGGCCACCGUCGCCACCGCCACUUGGCGACAAGCUGUCGCAGACCCUACCCUCACCUCCGAUUGAGCACAUAAUCCCUUCCGGUCACCACGCCGAGCGACAGCACGCGAGGCCUCGCAGCGCGCUCGAGGGCCAAAACUUGGCAAGCCCGGCCGAGCCGCCGUCACCCUGCCGUCUCGAUCAGCAAGCGACAGACGAUGGGGCAACUUCUGUUCAGCGGCACGGGGAAUCUCCCCCUUGUUUCCCACACUCUGACGACAUCAACCACGCCAUUCAAGCGUCACCGAGUCACAUGACGCCAGGUCCGUUGGACCGCCCGGGCUCGGCGCCGCGGACGAUGAAGGCAUCCAAAGUGCCGGCCUCUCAGCUCGGCCGGCUACUACACUAUGGAGGUAAGUGGAAUGCCCAAGCAUACCAGCGAGCGUGGCGGAUCGAUCUCGCCAGCUACGCUUUUAAAAGCUGAUGUCGUGGCUUACUGUACCCACCUGUGAAAGGUCUCGCUGCUGGUCUGGGGUUUGGGGCCGCAUCCGAGGCGAUCAAACGCGUCUCCUUCGGUGCAAAGGCAAGCGAUCGCGCAAGCUCCCUGUUCAUGAGCGAAUCCAACGUGCGCCGUCUUGUUGACAAGCUCUCGAGGAUGCGAGGUGCCGCGCUCAAGCUCGGGCAAUUCCUGAGUAUACAAGGUGACAACCGCUCACGUACUGAACGAACGAAGUGCGGACACAAGUUGUUCCUGACACUUCCGGGACCACAGACGCGAAAAUGCUACCCGAGCAAGUAGAAGAUAUUCUGAAGCAAGUUCAAAACAGCGCCAACUACAUGCCUUUCGAUCAGACCGAGGUGCGCAAUCUGUAGCUAAGUCCGCAGACCGAAGGAAGUCUCCCGCUGACCGCUUCGCUCCACUUGUCGUCCUUUAGCGAGUGUUGGCGAGUAAUUUGGGAACCGACUGGCGUACGCACUUUGAUGACUUCGAUAUGAUCCCCUUUGCCGCCGCAUCGAUUGGCCAGGUCCACUCCGCACGGCUGUCCAGUCGAUCCUCCUUUGCGGCCCAAUACCCACCUUCGAUGCGCGUGGCAAUCAAAGUGCAAUUUCCGGGGGUGCGGGCUUCAAUCAAAAAUGACCUCGCCAACCUCAAGUGGCUGCUAGUGGCGAGCUCAAUACUGCCUCGAGGACUAUACCUCGAGGAUACGAUCAAGGUGAUGGAGCGCGAACUCGACGACGAAUGCGACUACGAACGCGAGGCACAUUGCGGCACCAGGAUGCGAGAUCUCUUGUCCGAGUAUGACAUGAGUGCUCGCUUCGGAGCUCCAAGGGUCGUAGAGGAGCUAUGUGGGUCCAUGGUACUCACUACGGAGUUCGUAAACGGCGUGCCCUUGGGCGAAGUUGCCUCAGAAUCUCAACGUGUCCGAAAUGAGGUCAGCGCCGAGCAAGCCGACGGUUCCCCAGUUGGACAGACCCCAAUCGCUCAUGCCCGCUGCCUUUAUCGCAGGUCGGCGAAAGCUUGCUUCACCUGUGUCUGAUGGAACUUUUACAUUUCAAAUUCAUGCAAACCGAUCCGAAUUGGAGCAAUUUUUUGUACGAUCGAGACACCGCCAAGGUCUGUUCUUCACCGAGUCGGGCGUACAGAGAUUCAGGACUGAGCACGAUUGCUUCGAAACGAACUAGAUCCAAUUGAUCGACUUUGGCGCCACUAGGGAAUACUCCGAAGACUUCGUGCAAAACUUCCGUGCUCUAUUGCUCGCGGCCGUGCAAGAGAACGAAGCGGAGUGCUUGAGCGUCUCACGGGAAUUAGGUUACUUGAAUGGAGAGGAAAGCGAGGUAGGAUUGUUUUGUCAUUCCUCGGAGUGCUAA